AUGACGACUUCUAAAGAGGCAUUUUAUUUUGAUUUAUUGCGAGUUUCCAUGAUCCAACUUCUGAGAUCGCAGGGGUUCGAUAAAGCCCGAAAUUCCACAGUGGACAUUUUUACAGAUUUCUAUGUGAGAUACUUGGAAUUGAUGGUUCGGGAGAUACUUAAACUGUCACAUUUACGUCGAAGCGAAGAGGGUUGUGUUGAAUUGCAAGACAUUUCAUUGGCUUUACAGAACAUAGGGUUUUUAAAACCUGUUGAUGUAUUGGACGUUUAUGACGAAAACCCGGAUCUAGUGAGUGACGUCGCAAUGCAAAAAUUCAAGAGCUGGUGUUCUAGUGCUGGGAACCGGAAUGCCGAGAUCGUGGCGACACCAACACCGGACUUGUUACGUCCGAAGGAGAAAAAUGCAAAACCAUUAUCAGUGAUACCGGAAUACAUCAACCAGGCCAAUUCAAAUUCAGGCUCUGUCAAGAAAACUGCAGACCAUGAGUCUGCCGGAGACGAUAUCUUAGAUCAAAUGAUCAACGGUGGGGAUAUGAGCGAUUGGAUAAGGUUCAUCUUAAGGCGACGCCAAAUUAACAUGGUAGAAAGAGUUUCGGGGAAAGAAUACAAAGAUCUGCGUAGUCUUCCUCCCUUACCGGGUUUCAAAUACUCUGUUCUCGCUCAGGAAGCAGCAGUCCCGACCGCAGAACUUGAACCUGCUACUGAUGGUAAACUUGAAGACUCACAGCUGCGAGAAAAGGAAAAGUAUCUUCUUUCGAAACUUCCCAUCAACAAAACUAAUACGAGACUCGAAAACAUUACACUGUCAUUUGACGAAGUCUCCCAUGAGGAGAUCACAGACCAAAAAGUUCAAGAAGUCUUACAAGAAAAUGAAGAGUUUCUAGAAGAGCAUUAUCACAAUGAAAUACAAGAGUUUGGACAGCUUGACUUAGACGUGAAUAUGGCUCUUGAUGCUAAUCAACAGCCUGAGUUUAUGGGAGAACAAGAUUUCGACGCCAUGUAUAACGCCAAAAAUGGUAUGGAGGCCACCAAUGUGACCUCAGGUAGCCGAAAUUUCGAUUUUGGCGACUUUUAG